AUGAAGCUAUCCCAAGCCACUCUCUCCGUGCCGUUCCUGGCAGCCGCGGCGGCGGCGCAGGCGACUGCGGGUCCAUACGGGCAGUGCGGCGGUAUCGACUACUCAGGGCCGACGGCAUGCGGCAGCGGCUAUGGCUGCACGAGCUUGAACGCGUACUACUUCCAGUGCUAUCCCGGAGCGGCCGGCGCACCGACCACGAGCACGACCACGACUCGAAGCAGCAGUAGCACCUCACGUCCGACGACGACGACCACGACCACGACGACGCCCACGACCAAGGUGACAACGACGACGACCACGUCGACGCCCAAGGUGACGACGACGCCGCCCCCGACAACCACCUCCCCAGGCGGCGGCAGCCAGGGGUCCGUCCCGACGACCCUCCAAGACGGCUGGGCGUGGGUACGAGCCGUCGCCUCGCCCAACUUCCACAGCUACCUGCAAGCCAAGCCGACCGGCGCCCCGGGGCCAGCGUACCUAGACUCGCACACAUCGGCGGGGCAGUUCAAGGUAUCAGCAGGGCAGGUGGUGUACAACCGGGGCGGGUCGACGCCACCGCUGUACAUGAACGUUGAGAACCCGGCGGACAAGACGCAGCGCAAGCUGCGGACGACGUUCAGCGCGACGCAGAACACGUACGGCGCGUUUGCGUUCCAGGGCGACACGCUGACGUGGAGCGUGGCGGAUAUCAAGAGGCCGAAUGAGGCUGCCUGGCUGGUGUGCGACAAGCAGGAGCUGUUUAUCAACACUGGCGCGUAUCUGUACCAGACGCCCGAGGGGUGCUUUGAUCAGACGAUACACUCGUACGGAGGCGCCACUGCCGAUCUGUAA